AUGGCGUCCUGCCCUUCGGUCAAGAACAUCCUCGUGCUGGACGCGGAGGGGAAGCGCGUGGCCGUCAAGUACUAUGCCGAUGACUGGCCCUCCGCGUCCUCCAAGCUGGCUUUCGAGAAGUCGCUCUUCGUGAAGACCCAGAAGACCAGCGCCAGAGCAGAGGCUGAUGUGGUAAUGUUCGAUGGCUACAUCAUUGUGUACAAGUUCAUCCAAGAUCUCCAUUUUUUUGUAACUGGAGGAGAUGAGGAGAAUGAGCUCAUUUUAGCGUCAGUUCUUCAGGGAUUUUCUGAUGCUGUUGGCAUUCUUCUCAGAAACAAUGUAGACAAAAGGACCGCACUUGAAAAUCUGGAUCUCAUCUUUUUGUGCCUUGACGAAGUUGUUGAUGGAGGGAUUGUUCUGGAAACAGAUGGAAAUGUGAUAGCCGAGAAGGUGUCAGGCCAUGGAUUGGAAGGAGCUGGGUCGUUCACUGAGCAGACGAUAAGCCAAGCCCUAGCGACAGCAAGAGAGCACUUCGCGAGGUCUCUUCUGAAGUAG